ACUUUGCACGUUUCAUUGUUGAUUACACCGGUGUGAGGAAAGUAAAUAUUUUUUCAGCAAAUAAGUUUCUAGAAAAAUCCUAAUAAAAGACAUAUCUCUAGUAGUUAAAAAUUACGAUCUUAUAUUGAAAUAUAAAAAAUGUCUAAUUCUGAUGAGCAAUACGAUCACAUUUUCCUGGCUAUGGCUCAAAAACAUUCCGGAGGAAUGCCUGAUUUUUUACGUACAUUUGCUGGAUUCUUAAGACGUAAAAGUGAUUUCUUUUCGGGCGAUUGGGAGCAAUUUAUGAUGGACAUAUUCCGCAAAGAGGCUGAAAUUGCUAUGUCAGAUCAGGCGAAGAAACUGAAACAGCAAGAGCAAGAGAAAAAGAUACGUCAGGAUAAGGAACAAGAAGUGAAAGCUGCUGCUGCUGCUGCUGCCCGAGAAAAAGAGAUAUCAAAUCAGAAAAUAUGCGAUAUCACUGAUGAGGAAGCAGCUGAGAUAAUUAAAGAGGAAGAAUCGAAAAAGCGUCAAAAACUUCUUGAAGAUUCUACUCCUGCUGAUGGAACUGGUCCUGUUAUGAUCACUGAUGAUAUAUCCAAGCCUAUCGAGAAAGUAGAAGACGAUUCGGAGAAAGAUGAAAUUGGCAAACUGUUACCGAACGCAGGCAAUGGUUGUACUUUAGAUAAGUACAUGUGGACACAAACUUUGGGAGAAAUAGAGUUAAAAGUUCCAUUUAAUGUAACAUUCGCUUUACGAGCCCGCGACGUUAUAGUCGAUAUACAAAAGAAAGCGCUAAAGGUGGGCAUAAAAGGUCAAGAGCCCAUCAUAAAUGGUGAACUAUGUGCUGAAGUUAAAAUGGAAGAAUCGCUUUGGGUAUUACAAGAUAGCAAAUCUGUACAAAUCACUUUGGAAAAGGUGAACAAAAUGAAUUGGUGGGAUCGUUUGGUUGUGACUGAUACACCGAUAUCCACGCGUAAAAUUAAUCCCGAACCAUCGAAAUUAUCGGAUCUGCAGGGUGAAACGCGUAGUUUGGUUGAAAAAAUGAUGUACGAUCAACGGCAAAAAGAAAUGGGCUUACCCACUAGCGAGGAUCAAAAGAAAUUGGAUAUCUUAGAAAAAUUCAAGCAACAACAUCCCGAAUUGGAUUUUUCCAAAUGUAAAUUUAAUUGAAAUUAUCCGAGAUAUUCUUCGUUCAUCAGAACUGCCUCAUGUUGCACUCAAACCCGAACCCCUCCGCGAUCACUAACUUUCUCCCGAGCUCUUUUUUCAUCAUUUAUGUUAUGCUUAUCGGCAAAUUGCACGCGUAAUAUAUGUAUUCUUCUCUAUAUAUGGAUUCUCCACCGUAUUUAUAUUUUUAUUUAAUUUUUCAUCAUUUACAAAGAAAUCUUAUUAUUACACUAUUAAUAAUUAUAAUAUUAAUAAAUAUUUGCAAACAAAUUUUAUUAAAUAAAAACAAAACUCUUUGGUAUUUUAUAAUUGUGGGCCUGUGGUGGAUAAAUGGUGGCUUCCGCUUU